AUGACCACACAAUACGCAGACUCAACACAUUCGCUUACAAGUAAAUCUUCAAAGUAUAAUGUUUACCAAACUGAUGGUAAACCUCUUUCAACUGAGGCCAUUUACAGGGCAAAACUGAAGUACGGCGUUUAUACUAACCCAGCCAAGAUAUCUCUUGGUGUUGAUCCUUCGGCAUCAGAUACAGCUGCCAUUUUAGCUGCCAACACUGAUUUAUCAAUUCAUCCUUAUGCAAGAGGUUUAUCUUCUGAAGCCGCACAUGCCGCUCUAAUUGCAAAGCCAGAUGAAAUCGUCCGUUGGAAUAGAGAAUCAGUUGCCCCGGAAGCUGAAUAUGCAGCUAUCUCAGUCAAUUCUCUGAAAUUCCCUUUUGAUGCAGAAGCAGAUAAGGAAACAAUCCAAUCAACUGAUGUUAGUGAAGAUCAGAAUGCAGCAGCGGCUGCUAGUUCUGUUUUGAACAAGAAAUACUCAGCUAAACAACAUUUGAAGGAUUUGUAUGCCUUUGAUGAUGUUAGAUCAGGUAAGGCCACUUUAUCUGAUUUCUCAGCUAAAAAUCUAAAAUCAACUAAAAGUCUAAGUACUUCUAAGGAUUAUAGAUCAGGUAUUCCAACUUCGAAUAAAGCUAUUGAAAAGUCACGUAAAAUCAAUAUCAAUGGCGUAACUCAAUCCGCUACUAAAAGGGCCAACACACUUUUAAACACUAGAAUGACUCCUGAAAAGGAUUUCAGAUCUGGUAUCAAGACUAGCUCCACCAAUACAAUCAGCAAUAGAGAUGCUUCUAUCUAUAUUACCAAUAUCCAUCAGCAAGCUGUUAAGGCCAAAGAUAAAGAAUUGAACAGAAAAACAACAAGAGUAAUGGGAAUUGAAACAGCAUCUGAUAGAGGUAUAUCGUCGGAUCCAAAUAAAUUUGCAGCUGCUACUCUAAAGUGGGAUCCCUCCAAAGAGGAUGUGAAAUCCACUAUCAAGGAUAACAAACUGGUUACUCAAAGUCUUUAUGCCGUUGCUAGUGCGAAAGUUAACAAGGAUUUAGAGAAGUUAAACGAGAAUCUCGAUAAUAAAGUUUUCACUGCAAAUGCCAAAGCUUAUGAAUCUGCUUAUAAAGUAGCAAGUGAAAAUGCAGCAAAGAGAAAGGCAAAAUCUCUUCAACCUGGUGAAGUCAAUUUAGGCGGCGGAUUGAAAAUGAAGGUUAAUGAUAUCAAUCAAAUUGCAUCUUCUCUUGUUACACCUGCCCUUACAGAUCUCUCUUCCAGAAUCAGUGAAAUGAAAGUGAUCGAUGCUGAAAAGAAGAAGUUACCAGCUAAAAUCAAGCAAAGAGAAGCUGAAUUUAAGGAAGAGCAAAGGCAAGCACGUAUUGCAGUUGAAAGGAAAAGAGCUGAAGAAGCUAAAGCCAGAAGAGAUCAAUUGGAAGUUGAUAAAAAAGCUCUUGAUGACGAACUUGAACAAUUCAGGUUGGAGUUACAAGCCAAGUAUAACGAAAGAGAAGAAGAGUUCAACAAGCAAGUUGAACAACAAGAGGAAGAAAAGAAAGUUAUUGAUGAAGAAAGAGCUUCUAAAUUGAAGGUCUUGCAAGAUGCAAAGGCUGAGAAUGAUGCAGAAAGAACUCUUGAAUUGGAAGAAAUGACUAAAGAUAAAGAUGAUGAUCUUGCACCUCUGUUGUCUGAACUUGAAACUGAACAGAGUAAGUUGAAUGAGCUUGUCACUGUUAGAGAGGGUAAGGAGGCUGAAUACAACGAAGAAAAGAAAAAAACAGAUGCUAUUAAUGCUGAACUUGAGGAUACUCUGAAACAGAUUGAAGAAAUGCAGGAACAUAUUGCCAAACUAUCUACUGGUUUGGAAGAAAUCUCCGAGAAGGAAGCAUUUGCAACAUCUGGAGCAUUAGAAUCAGAAGCUAGGUUGGAAGGCGAAGGUAAGGAAAAGCAAGCAAAGCUUGAGCCACUGGAGAAGGAAAAGGAAGAACAUUUUGCAAAACGCACAGAAUUGCGUUCUAAAGUUGACCAAAAAGCAGAUGAAUUGAAGAAGUUACACCAAGAUCAUUAUAAUGAAGAAAAGGAUAUCAACGAAAUUUACCCAGAGCAUCUACGUAAAGAAGUUAAUGUUCCUGAAGAAUUUAAUGAUGAUGAUUUGAAUGAUUCUAAAUUCCCAUUGGAUGAAACCGGAGUUGAAAUUCCCCCAGAGAUUGAAGAAGAACCCGAACACGUUCCAGAUGAGGUGCGUCCAAAGCAUGCAAGUUUAGAGCCUGAGGUAGUUCCUGAAACUAAUGCUGAAGAAAGAACUGCGACUAAAACAGACGGAGCAUUUGCAACUGCUCCUGUUGGUACCAAACAGGUCGUUAGAUCUAUGGUUGGUGAUGUGAAGGUUACUGACCUACCUGUGAAAUCAGAAAGGGCAAAGGCGAAAUCUGAUGAAGCAGAUAAGGCAGCUAAACCAUCCACUAAAUCUGCUGAAAAGACAGCUCCAAAAUCGGUCGUUAAGUCAAACAAAAAUAAAAACUCCGGAGGUAUUCUAGGAUUUUUCAAGAACAAAGACUUCAAGAACUUAUCAGCUACACCAAAACCAAAACCCAGGCCUGUGAGUAAACCUUCGACCUCCAGUACUAAAAAAUCCAACACUAUCUCCGCAACCCCGAAGGUGACAGCCAAAACGACACCAGCUAAAGUAGAGAAAAAACCUGCACCAACCGCCGUAAGUGAUGAGACGGAUGCCCCUAAGACAGCCACCAAGCCUGUGAAGGCUGAUGGGCCAAAUCCGAAUGAAACGACUACAAAAGUAGAUGAUGAUGUUUUCAGUGGUUUUUCCCAAGGUUCCGAAGUUGAAGCGUAG